UCCCAGAAAAUCAUAGAGGUACGGACUUUUUUCUCUGCCAUCUGAACGUCCGAGUGCCGGCAUCGCAUCUAGCUGAAGGCAAAGUCAACAACUGUUUCACUGUGCGGCUGUGCGGAUUUCUUAUCUGUGGGCAAUCCGCAUACAUAAUCUCACAACAGACAUCGGGCAUUCGUAGUAUAGAUCUACUUCUGUCUGAUCAAGAAUAAAAGGUUUACCACACAUAAACUGUCAGUGAGAAUUACAUUAUUUUAAGCAAAUGGCGUCAAACGCUGUUGAGACGACUGCUGCAGCCAUGGGCAACGUAGAUCUAACAUACGCGAGCAGUUCUGCCAUUGACACUCUCACGUCUACUAUAGCCACAGUCUUAUCAUCCAGUCUCGCCGGGGUUGAUGAGAUAUCCAAAAACAUGAACAAAGAAAUGGAGGCGCCCAUGAAGAUAGACCAAUAUCUCCAUUAUCUGAUGAGUGCAAUCGUUGGUCCAAUAGUUUGUAUCCUCGGUCUAAUCGGAAACGUCUUAUCUUUGAUCACCUGGUGUCGGCCUGGGAUGCGGAGCUCAACUGGGCGGUACCUCACGGGCCAGGCUGUGGCUGACUUUGGCGUCUUGCUGUUCUUUCUACUGUGCGACUCGGUCCAAUUCUGGGCGCCAUCUGUGGGCAACAGUGAGGUGUACGGCGUCUUCUUCUGCUACAUCGGCUACCCGUUCUUUUUCCUCACCAUCAUCUGCAGCAUCUGGUUCACAGUGGGAGUCACAGUGGACCGAUACAUUAUGGUCUGCUGGCUCACGAAAGCCAAGCUGAACAAGACAAACAAGAAGAUGGCGGACAAAAAGACCAACGCAUCAGUGAUGAAAAGUAAACAGUCCGAGAACCAAAUCACUCGUCUCCUGCUCACGGUGACCUUCACCUUCCUCUUCUUCAUCGGCCUCCAGUGCAUAAUCCAGUGUUUCGCCAUGCGCCAACCGUCAUGGGCCGACAUGACCAAAGUCUCGUCGGCGUUUGCCUUCGCCAAGACGGGUGUCGUGUUCAACUCGUCCACCAACUUCCUGCUCUACUGCCUCACUGGGCGACGCUUCCGAAAGGAACUGGCUAAGAUGCUGGGCUGCUCCAAGAGAGGUUCCUCGCAGUUGUCCAGUCUCAUUGACCACCCUUCCUCCGGGCCCACCUCGGGCGCCUCCACUACAUCCACCACGGGAAUCUGAGGCUUCAGAGGACGAGCAAAAGCCGAGUCACCAAGACCACUCCGUCGGUGUCACAAGCAAUCUACUUAAGUUCGUUUGGGUCCUUUUUUUUCACCAGAGAUCCCCCUCCAAAAAAAAAUAAUAAUUCUAGAUCUAGUUUUUGUUGUGUUGUUCCUAACAGGAAUCAUGAAAGACAAGACAAUUGUUAGCCUUGGCAAUAGCAUUAAACUGCAUUGUUCUGAUGUUGAAAGAUGCAUCUUUGACAGAGCUUUGAGAGGGUGUAAAAAUAAAAAAUUAUCCAAAUUUGGACGUAAGUGGAUUGAUUGCAACAAAGACCACGUUCCCCAACAUGAGAUAAAGACACUGUUGUACUCACGUUCACCCUUUGUCUUGUUUGGCUGUUACCCUCUCUUCAGUUCUUCUUUUCUAGCCCAUAUUUAAGGAAUACGAUGAAACACAUUGGUGUCGUCUCCUUUUUGCUAAAGGUCCAGCAAAGUAUUCAAGUAUUCCCCGGCAACCAAGGACCAUCGACGUACCCGUGUUUUUGUGUAUUUAUUUUCUUGCGAUGUGUUGUAUUACAUAAAGCAGUAACCGUGUAUAUAUCCAUUGUGCUCCCAGUUGCCCAAAACACUGUAUCUGAAACAGGUAGGACAGGUUCAUUGUAUAAAAAGAAACGUACAUGCCGAAAGCAGUACAUACGUAUCUUGCACCAAAGCGGUUCCCUAUUCUUGUGCAUUUGUAUAGUAUAAGUAUACAGAACAGAAGCUCAAAUAUAAUCAUUACUUCCGUUGUAAAGAUUAAAAUGAUAACAACGAUAUUGAUAAUAAUGAUAAUUCAAAAAAAAUAAUAAUCAUAAUAAUCAUAUAAAUUAUAAUUAUCAUAGUUUUAAGAGUUGUACAUGGUUUGUUUUUAUCAUCCAAUUGCAUUCCGUGUUUUACCGGCAAGUACCAACAUUGUGUGUAGAGAUCAGUCACAUUUUGUAAUGACAUAAUAUAUAUAAAAG